UUUUUUUUUUUAAGAAGAAGAUUGUUGAAGUAGUUUUGAGAUGAAAAGAGACUCGAUAACUGACAAAAAUGACAAAGAAUUUUCUAUUUAGUGUAGACACACUGUAGAGAUAGAAUUUAGUUUUUAGACAAACAUAUGGCAUUAAUGCCACUUUGGGUUCAACCAAGCCCAGUUUUAAUGUAAAAUGCAUUCAUGCACUGGCAGGUAAUUGACCCUGAAGUGGAGAAAAAAAUGUGGAGGAGAGUUCAGUGUUGUUUGGAGGAGGGACUCCAUCAUUUAGAGAAGUGAGGAGUUCCUGGUUUUCCAGUGAAGACAGAAGAGAGGAAGCGAUAAAGCAUCAGAGCCUCCAACAUGAAAGUCUGUCACACUUUGAUCUGCUUCUUCUUCCUCUCACUGCGGGAUGGAAACAUUCGUCUAAUCAAUGCAGAAAUCCUCGUCCAUACAGGAAGUGAAGGAGGAAACUUCACAGUUAAAUGCUCCUUCUCUUCGUCUGGAAGAAGGAAGAUCUUCUGUAAGAGAAAAUGUAAAGGAAAAGACAUUCUCAUUGAAACAAAUGAGGACAGAGCUCAGAGUGGCAGAUACAGCAUUGAAUAUAAAGAAAGAACUGAUGGAUCUGCACUUCUGUAUGUGAGCAUCACAAACCUGACUAAGUCUGACUCGGGGCGGUACAGAUGUUGGUUGGACAUAAAAUGGUCACGAGAUUUAACCGAGGACUUUGAGCUCAGAGUUAAAGAUGCACAUUUUACACCAUCAGUCCCAUCAGCCUCCACACCGACAACAACGCAGAGUUUAAACUCCAGUUCAGGAAGCUCCACACCUUCAUCAUCCUCCCCUGAAACCCCCAUACUGUCUGAACAGCAACAGAGAGCUGCAGGUCCAGGUGUGCAACUGUAUGUACGUCUGACUGUGGUCAUCACGAUCAUUGUAUUAUCAGCAGCUGCACUGAUAUUCUGCAGGAAGAGGGCCAGUGAACCAAAAGGCCAGGAUCAGAGAGGAGGACAGACAGAGCAGAUCUCCUCCUGAAGAAAUGUCUACAGUUUACAUUCACUGCAGCCAGUUCUCAGAGUAAGGUGAGUUCAAACUGUGGUAGGGGUUUAAAGGUCCAGGACAAACCAAACAGGUUGUUUCAGUUGGUUACAAUCUGCAAUCUCACCACUAGAUGACACUAAAUCCUACACACUGCUCAUUUAACUUUGGGUUUAGACAACAGUGUCUUUAGACUUCACCCACUAUAAUAAGUUGAGUAGAUAAGAACGUACAGCAGAGGGAUGAUUUACAGUGGCAAUAUAGAGAGACUGUGGACAUGUUUUAUAAAUGUGGUCUCACAAGUACUUUACGUCAGUAUGUUUCUGAGUAACGUGCAGUCUGUUUAAGAAACGGGAACACGGCCAGUUUGUGAUCAUA